AAAUUUAGAUGGAAGCAACACAAUGAAAGGUUACUUGGCACGAAAACGACAAUCCAAACUUCCUUGAUUGUUCGAAUCACUUGGAAAAUCCAAGCCUCUCUCUGGCAUUGAAAUCGUCCGAUCCUCUUCCUUCGACAAUUUCUCUCAGAAGCUGCCAAGUCCUUUGAGGAAGAGAUGGUUUUGUCUCAGAAACUCCACGAAGCUUUCAAAGGCACUAUGGAGAGGAUCACGGGCCCUCGAACUGUCUCGGCUUUCAAAGAGAAAGGAGUUCUCAGUGUCACCGAGUUCGUUGAAGCCGGCGAUAAUCUCGUCGCCAAAUGCCCCACCUGGUCCUGGGAAUCAGGUGAGCCUAACAAGAGGAAGCCAUACUUACCACCACAGAAGCAAUUCUUAAUUACUAGGAAUGUGCCUUGUCUUCGAAGAGCUGCAUCUGUAGAAGAAGAGUAUGAAGCUGCUGGAGGAGAAGUUUUACUUGAUGAUGAAGAUAAUGAUGGGUGGCUAGCAACUCAUGGGAAGCCUAAGGGUAAAUCUGAUGAGGAUGAGAAUUUACCUUCCAUGGAAAGCAUAGAAAUCAGCAAAAAGGAUUCUGUUAAGCCAAUUUCUUCCAACAUGGGAGGUGAGGAAGAAGAGGAUAUUCCAGACAUGGAAGAGUUUGAAGAAGCUGACAAUGUUAUUAUUACAGAUCCUUCCACAUAUCUAGUAGCUCAAGAACCUGACGAUGAUAAUAUUCUUCGAACCCGAACAUAUGAUGUCAGCAUCACGUAUGACAAGUACUAUCAAACCCCUCGAGUGUGGCUUACUGGAUAUGACGAGUCAAGGAUGCUUUUGCAACCAGAACUAGUCCUUGAAGAUGUUAGUCAAGACCAUGCACGCAAAACGGUAACAAUUGAGGACCACCCUCACUUGCCUGGGAAGCAUGCAUCUAUUCAUCCUUGUCGGCAUGGAGCAGUGAUGAAGAAAAUCAUUGAUGUGCUGAUGUCACGUGGAGUUGAACCAGAAGUUGACAAGUAUCUAUUCUUAUUCUUGAAAUUCAUGGCCUCUGUAAUUCCAACAAUUGAGUAUGACUACACCAUGGAUUUUGAUCUUGGUAGCUCCAGCCGUUGACCAAGAUGGAAGCUGCAAAUUCAAGUAUUAACCAGACUUUUCUGCUUCUCCUCCGUUGAUUCAAUCUGGUGUACCAGAGCUUUAACCUGUUUUUCUUUCUUUGCUGCACAUAUUAAAACUACAACCAGUAUUAGUUUGAUAAAGUCUACAUGUCAUGUAAAUUAUGGCCAUGUGCUUUACUGGAGGUUGGACAGAUAUUUAUAUGUACAUAAUUGAUAGUUUGACACGCCAUUCAUGAAACAUGCUGUUAUUUACUCCCAA